AUGGCACCGCUAAACAUCCUCAUCGUCGGCUGCGGGAUCGCAGGCCCAACACUCGCCUCGUUUCUUCUAUUAGCUGAUAUCCCCGCCACGACGAAGCCCCGCAUCACAAUCGUAGAGCGCGAGUCCACACAGCGCGCGCACGUGCGCGGGCAGAACAUCGACAUCCGCGGCGCGGGCGUGACUAUCAUCCGCAAGCUCGGGCUGCAGGUGCCGAUCAGGGCUUCGACGACGGGGGAAGAAGGGGUUCGGCUUGUGGAUAAGUGGAAUCGGGUCUGGGCGCAGAAUGAAGUUGAUAGGAGUGGUAAUGGACAGGUGCAGAUGCCGACGAGUGAGAUUGAGAUUCUGAGGGGGCGGCUGGCGGAGUUGUGCUGGAGGAAUAGCUGCAGGGUUAGUGCUGAUGCGGAGCGUGAGGGGGCUAGUGGGAUUGAGUAUGUGUUCGGGGAUUAUCUGGACGAGAUAGAGCAGGAUGGUGAGAGAGUGCGUGUGCGCUUUGCGAAGAGUGGACAGACGAGGAUCUUUGACCUGCUGGUUGGAGCGGAUGGGAUGCAGAGCCGGACACGCAGGAUGGUCUGGGGCAAGGAAGGGGAGAAGGACCGUGUCAAGCGGAUAGGAAUGUAUGCCGGCUUUUUCAGCAUCCCCCGCGAGGACCAGGACGGCAAAUGGAGACGCUGGUUCCAUGCUCCUGGCCGGCGCGGUAUCAUGCUGCGGCCAGACAGCCUUGGUGUGAGAUCUACUAUCUUCAUGUAUGUGGUGAACGAGAAGGACAGCAGGCUCGAGCAGGUCACCACUGGCGGCAUCGACGCGCAAAAGGCACUCCUGGAGGAAUACUUCAAGGACGCCGGGUGGGAGUGCGACAGAAUCAUCCGGGAGAUGCACGCAACAGACGAUUUCUACUACGACGCCGUCUCGCAGGUCAAGAUGGACAGCUGGACCAAGGGACGAGUGGUGCUACUGGGCGACGCUGGCCACUGUGCGUCUCCCAUUUCGGGCUUGGGCACAACUCUGGCAUUCACCGCAGCCUACAAGCUGGCGGGCUACCUCCAGCCGUAUAUCCAGCAAGAAACCCCGGACCCUUCAGCUGCCCUCGCGCAGUACAAUGAGCAGAUGCACCCGAUUAUCGAGGAUGCGCAGCAGCUGGCACCCGGCCAGCCAUAUAUCAUCAAUCCAGAGACUGCCUGGGGCGUCUGGAUCAUGCACGUCCUUGUCCGCUCACUGUCGUAUACUAGAAUCCUCUUCAUCAUCAUUAAAUACCUUGGAAGGACUUUCCAUCUGGGACCUCAAGCAGCAGACUACGUACCGGUUGAGGACUUUGGCUUUAAAGACAUGUCAGUAUGGGAUGAGGAUACUGAUUACCCUGCUUAUUAUUAG